CACCCACACACGCACGCACACACACGCACACACACGCUGAGUACAACGUCUAAGUUACUAAAUUAAGCUUAGAGGAAGAGAGCAUGACAGGGAGCCCUGGCUCACACGUCACUCUCAAACCCACCAAACUCCAUUGUCUGCAGUGCGUGGUUACAGUGCACUUGAAAAGCGUGGGAGGAGGACGACGGGGUGAGUCCGGGCCUCACAUAAUGGAGGGGAACAUCAGAGUGAAGGGCAUGUUGUACAUCCAACAGCAUCGGUUUGGAAAGAGAUGGAAGAAGAUGUGGUGCGUGCUGUUCGGUGAGAGCCGGUGCUCUGUGGCCAGACUGGAGCUGUACGAGUACAAGCAGGGCUCCGGGAUGCCCGCUGGGGCCAGCGGCGGCGGCGGCGGUCCGGUCGAGAGCCACAUGCUCCGCCGGCAGGACAGCAAGCGGGUGGUCCUGCUGAGGGACUGCGUCAGCGUGGAGGAGCUGGAGCUGACGGACUGCCCGAGGGACUGCGUCUCCUUCCUGCUGGCCACCACGGAGAAGCGCUACCUGUUUGCGGCGCUCUUCACAGAGUUCAGACACUGGAUCAGUGGGCUGUGUGAGCUGGCAUUCCCCAGGAACAGGGCUGAAAGCGGUGGGUUGGAUCCUCUUGUCAGGCAGCGGUCUUUGAGGGACACAUCACACGCCAAGAUGGUGGAGAACUCGCUCUAUGAAAGGACAGAUAUUGCAGGGGACUUCCCAGUCUCGCUGGUGAGGACAGAGGCCUCGGACAGGUGGCAGCUACAAGGCGCUUACCUCCUGACACCCGGACAAGACCGACUCCUCCUCAAGGACCCCAUAUGCAGAGAGGUGCUCUUCAUCUGGCCGUACUGCUAUGUCAGGAAAUUUGGCCAAGACACGUCCACUUUUUCCUUUGAGGCUGGACGCAGAUGUGAGUCUGGAGAGGGGAUCUUUGAGUUUACCACCAGCCGUGCUGAUAGCCUCUUCAGGAUUAUCAACUCAGCCAUCUCCGCUCGAGGGACGCAAAGGCCCUGUUUGCAGUCAUCCCAGAACCUGUCGGUGGAGCGCGGUCUUGAACCCGACACGCUCACGGCCCAGGUGAACUUGUACGACUAUCAGACCUCCGAGAGCGCGCCACCGCCACCGCCCCCAACACAGGGCAUACCGCCGAAGCCUGAUCGGCAGCUGAAAAGGCUAUCUCCCUCUUUCAGGAGCCUGUCGCUCAACGCCAUAAAACCCCCGAACAAAGACUUGGUGAGGAACAUCUCCAGCUGCCCUCCUCUCAAACAUCAGCAGCAGGAGGAGGUCAUCUACGCCCGGGUCGCCCGGCAGAAGCCGCGAGAUCAGGCUUCCCAGGAAGGGGAGAGGGAGGAGGGGGGUGCCUGCGGCAGCGGAUUCGACAGGGCUCUGGAUGUCUCGCUGCAGGUUCCGUUCGAGACAGGUGCGAGCUUCCCACCGCCGCACGCCGCCUUUGAAGCGCCGCGGCCCGAGGGGAGACAAAACAUCGAGGGGGGCGAGGCGGAGGUGGAGGCGGAGGCGGAGCGUCUCGUCAGAGACGUGCCGUGCGAUCACGGCGCUCAGUUAGACGCCGAGGAAACCGCUGACGCAGAUCACAUCUAUGACGACCCCGAGGGCUGCCGGUCGAGCCCUCAGUGGGAAGAGGACUGCGUGGUCUAUGACGAUCCGGAGGAGGUCAAAACUGACCCUCACCCUGCCAUAGGUCAGGCAGACACGGGAAGUGUUGUUGAUGAUGAGGAUAAAUUCCUAUAUGACAACAUAAUGAAAUAGACAGUGAGGAACUGAUUAGAAGUUGCGGCAUGUGUGAGUGUGUGUAUAUACUAUAUGUUAAUGUAAAAAAAUGUGUAUGAUUAAGAAUUCUUUGUUCUCGUGCCUACUUAAGAGUAUAUUUAUAAUGGAGAUGUAAGUGUGUAGUUGUGGUCCAUAGUCCACAUUAUUCAUAUUCAAAGCCUUAUUCUGGCUUGAUUGUGAGGAUAAAUUGAAAUAAGCUGCCGUAAUGUGUCAGGGGAGUACUUAUUACUGCUAGUAUCCAGCGCAUGCAAACAACGUGCUUAAUCAACAGAGCUGUGACCGGAGGGGACUACUCUCUCAUCCGUCGCAUUAAACUUCAUAAUCACAGCCAGGGCACCUGCGGCUCGGAGCUGAUUGGGAGCCCGACCUGACUGAGAAUGAAGAUGUCGCAGCGAGCCCAUUUAUCCUCGCUGCCCAUCACGCCACCCCCCAAACCACACACACACACACACACACACACACACACGCCUCUCCCGGGUGACAGCGGCCAGCUGUGCCGGGCCUUCAAACAUGACUUCUGCCGGGACCGGGGGCGGUGGGGGCACUGACAGAUGUGUGGACGCCGCAGCGAGCUCGGCGAAGUGGCCUGAGAGCUGGUGUGCACAGUCAAUUAGCAAAGAGGAACUGAGUCUGUGCAAACCUUGCGCCCAGACAAGAAUGUGAGUGACCUUUUCAGUGACAAGGCCCUCGGGAAGACAUGUCUGGGUUUUCAGUGAUGUUCUGAUAAGUGACUCACACCUUAAGAUAGCACAAAACACGUUAAACAAGGUAAUAUCUAGCUGGCCUGAAAUGUACAGUUUUGUACAUCCAGGUGGUUCUGGUUCUGAUUAGCUGAUUCUUUAACCCUGAUUGUGAAAGACUUUUGGAAAUGCAUGUAUGAGAUUGAAUGCUAGAAGAAAAUACAAACAAUGACAAAAAACGUUUAUCACAUAAACUGUCUGACUUUGCAGUUUUCCAAUGGAAUAAAACCAGCUGUGUAUGGUGGCAUACGAAGAAA